CUCCAUGUUAUGCCAGCAUGGGAUCUCCUUGCGCAAGCAAAGUUUAGCUCAGUUUAGCUUUGCACCGUGGAACUUGAAGAGAAGCAUGCUGUACAAUCCGGAAAAAAGUUCACCAAAGAGCUUCUGCAAUACCUAGCUUGACAAUUCCAAGGUCAAUCCGUUGUUCUAAUCGGAUUUGGGCGGUACCCGAGUUCUGCUCAGGAUUUCAGAUAAAGUUCCUUCUGCUAGUAUUAGAGCUCCUUCCCGCUAUCUUCAUCCGGCGCCAUGGCUCUUUCUAGAACAGUUGAUGGAAGAAAAGAUGGUGCGGAGCAUUUCGUGACAUCUGUCUUUGGCUCUCGCUAUGUCCGCAACAACCUGCCCAGGUACCGGAUGCCUGAGGACGAGAUGCCAAAGGAUGCUGCAUAUCAGAUCAUCCAUGAUGAGCUCCUGUUAGAUGGGAACCCCCGCUUGAACCUCGCCAGCUUUGUGACCACUUGGAUGGAGCCUGAGUGCGACAAGCUGAUCAUGGAGAGCCUUAACAAGAACUACAUUGACAUGGACGAGUACCCCAUCACAACGGAACUUCAGGAUCGUUGUGUCAACAUGAUUGCACGGCUGUUCCAUGCUCCCAUUGGAGAGAACGAAACUGCGGUAGGCGCAGGCUGUGUUGGCAGCUCAGAGGCCAUCAUGUUGGCUGGCCUGGCUUUCAAGCGGAAAUGGCAGCACAAGAGGAAGGCCGAAGGCAAGCCGUACGAUAAGCCCAACAUGGUGACAGGGGCCAACGUACAGGUGUGCUGGGAAAAGUUUGCGCGCUACUUCGAGGUGGAGCUGCGCGACGUGAAGCUGCGCAAGGACAAGUACGUGCUGGACGUGAAAGAGGCGGUCGACAUGGUGGACGAGAACACCAUCUGCGUGUGCGCGAUCCUGGGGAGCACCUACAACGGCGAGUUCGAGGACGUCAAGCUGCUCAACGACCUGCUUGAGGAGAAGAACGCGAAGACGGGGUGGGCCACGCCGAUCCACGUGGAUGCUGCCAGCGGCGGCUUCGUGGCGCCCUUCCUGUACCCGGACCUGGUGUGGGACUUCCGCCUGCCGUGGGUCAAGUCCAUCAACGUCAGCGGCCACAAGUACGGCCUUGUCUACGCGGGAGUCGGGUGGGUGGUGUGGCGCAGACAUGAAGAACUCCCCGAAGACCUUGUGUUCCACGUCAACUACCUAGGCGCGGACCAGCCAACUUUUACCCUCAACUUCUCCAAAGGCGCCAGCCAGCUCAUCGCCCAGUACUACCAGUUCAUAAGGCUCGGCUUCUCGGGCUACAAGUGCAUCAUGGAGAGCUGCCAGGCGCAGGCCAAGCACCUGAAGGACUGCAUCGAGGGCAUGGGUGACUUCGAGAUUCUCUCCAAGGACAUCGGCGUACCACUCGUUGCAUUCUCGCUUAAGGACCGCUCCGGCUUUGACGAGUAUGACAUCGCCGACUCGCUGCGCACAUACGGCUGGAUCGUGCCUGCGUAUACCAUGGCACCUGAUGCACAGGAGGUGUCGCUGCUGCGCGUUGUGGUGCGCGAGGACUUCGGCAUGUCGCUCGCGGACCGGCUGGUGAACGACAUCCGCGCGGUGGUGGAGAAGCUGAAGAAGCGGCCGACCAAGCUGGUCAACGAGGUCGCGGACGCAAUCAUGAAGUCCGCGGCGCACGGCAAGCACCACAAGAAGCGCAAGGUGGACGACACGCUCGCGGACCUGAUUGGCAGCAAGCCCCUCCAUGAGGUAGUCAAACACGCUUCCGUGUUCGACGAGGAGUUGAACAAGAAGCGAGCGUUCCGGUACCACAAGAAGAACGCUGUGGCGAAGACGAACGGAGUGUGCUAAGCAAGUUGUCAGCCGAUGAUUGGGCAUUGUGGAUCCGUCACUUCCCUGGUGACGGGCCACCUUCCUAGUAAGCGACGUACGGACAGGCAAAUACGUUGCUGGUAUGCUGCGAUGCGUCACAGCACAGAGUUUUGCCAUGGAUUGAAUGUAGAAGCGAAGCGGUCAAGCUUGUUGAAAGAGGUCUGUAUCAUAUGAUUCUUGGGAGUGACUGGGACCGUCACUGGAGCAUCCAUAGCUGAACCGUAGGUCUGGGGAAACAUUGACCUUGAGUAAACUACUAGAUAUUCUGUUGUCAUGUUGAACAUGCAAUGGCGGAAUACUGCUGAAUUUUUAAGCACGGGUUUUUUUUCAAUGAAUG